AUGUCUGAGGAAAAGAAAGAUAAGGAAAAAACUGGAAUAGAUGAUAGCGCUUUUGAGUCAUUGGAGAAGGACUUUCAGGAAGUUCUCCAGCAACUUACUGGUGACCGAAGUUUGGAAAAGUUCAGGUCUGAAUAUGAAAAGCUGCACAAGGCUUUAAAGAAAUCACAUGAGAGUGAGAAACGGCUCAUGCAAAAAUGCAGAGAACUGAAUGCAGAGAUUGUUGCCAACUCGGCAAAAGUUGCAACAGCACUGAAGUUAUCUCAAGAGGACCAGAAUACCAUAACCUCACUAAAAAAGGAAAUAGAGAAAGCAUGGAAAAUGGUUGAUGCUGCCCAUGAGAAAGAAACAAGGGCAAGGGAGACAAUUCAGUCUCUGAAAAUGGAAAUUGCCAACCUCAGUAAACUUGUGGAACAGGGAGCAGGGCUUACUAUGGGACAAGAACACAGUGUAAAUGAGUUGCUAAAGAUUAAAGAGGAUCUGACAAAGGAGCGAGAUGAACAGCUUAAUGAGAUCGUGAAACUACGUGAAAACCUUGCCCAAGCAUCUGCUCAACAACAGAAGCUAGAACAGGACCGAGCUGAGUGUGAGGAGAAGAUACAAGAGCUGAACCAGGACAUCCAGGUGCGUAACAAUGAAGCUCAACGUGAGUCACGCAAGAAGGACAAAACAGAGCGUGAGCUGAAGCAAGCCAAGGCUGACUUGGACUCCAAGUCUGGUGAGAUUAAAACCAUGCAGACACAAAUUGGACGCUACAAGGAAGACAUCGGCAAGCUUGAGCAGCAGCUUAAGGAACAAAGGAUUCUGAACGAGAGAGCACUCAAGGACUGUGACAUCCUCAACACAAGGUUCCAGAAACUGCAAGGUGAAUAUGAAGGUCAACUCAUCACCACUGAUCAGCUGACAGCGGAAAAUCAGAACAGAGUCUCAGAAUUAAAGCAAAAAGAGGAUGAGGUGAACCAACUAAAACAAGAGACCCAGCGCCUCAACAAAAUCCGUGAGACAAUCCAACGUAAGCUGAGGAAUGUGGAGGACCAGAAGGGUGAUGUGGAACAGCAGAAGGAGACAUUGAAAAGUCAGAUCAUUGGGCUGGAAAGAGAACUGGAGGCUUCCAAGAAGCAGGCUGAGCUGGACAAGAAACAGAUAGAUGACCUAGUGAGAGAGAAGGAUAUCCUGAACAAGAACAUGUUAAAGGCUAUCAGCUCCACACAGAAGCAGCUUCACUUGGUUAAGCUCCAUGAACAGUCCAAGAAAAACCUAGAACAGGACAUUCAGAACUACAAGGAGGAGGCUCAGAAACAGAGGAAAAUUAUCUAUCAGCUGGAAAAGGAGCGUGAUCGCUAUAUCAAUGAGGCCAGCGAUCUCACUCAAAAGGUGCUUGGUCACAUGGAAGAUGUGAAGGUUAGAGAGAUGCAGAUCUUUGACUAUAAGAAAAAGAUUGCAGAGGCUGAAACCAAACUGAAACAGCAGCAGAACUUGUAUGAAGCUGUGAGAAGUGACAGGAACUUGUACAGCAAGAAUCUGAUUGAGUCACAGGAUGAGAUUACGGAGAUGAAGAGAAAGCUGAAGAUCAUGAACCACCAAAUUGAUCAACUGAAGGAAGAGAUUCAAGCCAAGGAGGCAGCACUUGUCAAAGAACACUUGGAGCACCAGCGUGUGGAGAAGGAGAAGGACACCCUCAAGGGUGACCUUAACAAAAUGAAGCAGCAGGCCGCGGAGAGCAAGGCCUAUAUUGAUGCUCAGGAGGCUGAGGAGAGGAAACUACUCAAGAUUAUUGCUGAGGCUGAUGCAGAGAGAGUCAGGCAAAAGAAGGAGCUAGAUCAAGUGAUCAGUGAGCGUGACAUCCUGGGGACACAGUUGGUCAGGCGAAAUGACGAGCUUGCUCUGCUGUAUGAAAAGAUAAAAAUUCAGCAGUCAACACUGAACAAGGGCGAGAUUCAGUAUAAUCAACGUCUUGAGGACAUCAGGGUCCUGAAACUGGAGAUCAAGAAACUCCGUCGCGAGAAAGCUAUCCUCAACAAGAGUGUUGCCAAUGUUGAGGACCUCAGACGAGAAGUUCACCAUAUCCAGACAGAGCUGCUACGAGAACGGACUCGCUGUAAGGCCUUGGAGGAAGAGCUGGAGAACCCUAUGAACAUCCAUAGGUGGAGGAAGUUAGAAGGCAGCGAUCCAAGCACCUAUGAGAUGAUCCAAAAAAUACACACACUGCAGAAACGUCUCAUCUCCAAGACAGAAGAGGUGGUGGAGAAGGAACUUCUAAUCCAGGAAAAGGAAAAACUUUACCUCGAAUUGAAACACAUUCUGGCCAGGCAGCCAGGUCCAGAGGUGGCUGAACAACUCCAGAUCUAUCAACAGACACUCAAGGAAAAGACCAAACAGAUGAAGUCAAUGUCUUCGGAACUUAAUAUGUAUGAGUCCCAGGUGAAUGAAUACAAAUAUGAAAUUGAAAGAAUAGCAAGAGAGUUAGUUGAAGUGAAGAAAAAAUACUUCAUGCAGAAAAAGAAAGAGCAACAGACAAAGGAGAGGGAAAGAGCUAUAACACAGGCAGGUGGUCCAAUUAUACAACCACAGCGGACAGAAGGUCCACGCUUCACAGGUGGAGGGUUCAACCUCAAAUCUACAAAGACUGCAGCAUAACACACCUGAACAGGCUCACCAUUUCGUCCAACUUUAAACUGUGUAUACACUCUAUUGCUUAAACUCUGGUACCAACACAUAGUUGAUUCACGUUAAAAUCUGAUGUCUUUGAGAGUACAUGCUCUAUAGUAUCAUUUAGAUACACUAAAACAGAAUAACCUUUUGAGGCCAAUAUGAGGAGUAUUAAAAUUGUAUCAAAAUUUCACCCGCAAUCUGUGAUAUGUU